AUGUCUUCCUUGCUCGCCUUCGCGGCUGCGCUUGCAGCGGUUGCCCUCCUGGCCGUGCAACCCGUCCUUCGCCGACUUUGGCGUCAAUGGUCCCUUCGCAAGAUACCUGGUCCUCCCAGUGAUUCGCUCAUCUUCGGGAGCUUUGCUCGAGUAUUCAACACUGAUGCAAUGCCGUGCCAGGACCAAUUGUUUGAGACGUACGGGUCCACCUUCAGAAUCAACGGUUAUCUCGGCGCUCAAGUGAUCGUGACAUCGGAUCUCGACGCAUUACAACACGUCGUUGUCAAGCACGUCGAGGUGUUCGACAGUACCGACUUCUUCAUAGAUAUGGUUCGCAUGACGUUUGGUCCUGGUCUCCUGGGCGCACCCCUGGCGCACGGCGAACAUAGGCGCCAUCGCAAGCUUCUCAACAACGCGUUCUCCGUCUCUCACCUGAAAAAGCUAGUCCCGCUAUUCGACGAGGUCGCAAAACAGGCGCGCAAGGUCAUGGCGAACGACAUUGAGUCUACGGGGCGCACCGAGACGGACGUUCUGGAUUACAUGGGUCGGCUGGCCUUGGAACUGAUUGCGCGAGGUGGAUUCGGUCACUCUUUCGGGGUGCUGGACGGGAAGGAGGAUAUACUCGGCCGCGCACUGAAGCGAUUAGGGCCUGCCAACAACAAGCUCUUCCAGUUUCGCCCUCUGCUUCCCCUCCUGAAGCGCUUCUUCUCACCCACAUUCCUUCGUCGCGCAGGCGAAUUGUUACCCAUGCCAGCCCUACAUGAGCUAUUCGAUGUUACAGACAUCCUCGAGCGGUUCUCAUCCGCCGUCUGGGAGGCGAAGAAGCAGGCGCAUGCUGAGGGCAAGGUCACCAACACUGUGGGCGAGGGUCGAGAUGUCCUCAGCUUACUCCUCGCCGAAAACGACAAGACUGCGUUGCAAGACAAGAUGCCCGACCUAGAGUUGCAGGCGCAAAUCAAUACGCUACUGUUCGCUGGAACAGAUACCACGUCCAACGCGCUUUCCCGCAUUCUGACUCUUCUGGCAGAGCAUCCCGAUGCUCAAGACAAGCUUCGUGAGGAACUGGUCCAAGCUGGCGCGCCGGACGCAAGCCUCGGAUACGAGGUCCUGGACCGACUUCCAUACCUUGAGGCCAUCUGUCGUGAGACACUCCGGCUCUUCACGCCGAUCCGCUUUGUGCAGCGACAAGCUACUGAGGAUCACGUUCUGCCACUCCGGGAGCCCAUCAUAGACGUCAACGGCAAGCUUAUGACCGAGAUAUUCGUGCCGAAGGGAACACUCGUCAUCACUGGCAAUGCAGCGGUGAACCGCUCGAAGUCGAUCUGGGGCGCAGAUGGCCACGAGUGGAAACCCGAACGCUGGCUCAACCCCUUGCCACAAACCGUUCAAGAUGCGCACAUACCUGGCGUGUAUUCGAACUCGCUGACCUUUUCAGGCGGCGCACGCGCUUGCAUCGGUUUCAAGUUCUCGCUACUGGAAAUGAAAUCGGUGCUCGCGCAGUUCAUCCCUUCAUUUGAGUUUAGGCCGUCGGAGGUGCAUAAAGUCUCGUGGUGGUUUGGCGGGAUCACUGCGCCUGUAGUGGAAGGGGAAAAGAGCUUUCAGGCCAAGUUACCUCUGAAAGUAUCCUGUCUGAGAGUAUGA